CUUCUUCUGCGUUGAGGCGCUACGAUCCCCGCCCGAUCCCGUCGGUCCCUCCUUUCCUCCCGGCGGCGCCGCCGCGAGGACACUGGGAGAGCGCGGCCGGAUCUGCGGUGACCCCCCUACGCAGCCACCCGACGAGGAUCGAGUUUCCGGCGAAGGGAAUCCGGUCGCCUCCGGCGGCCUCGUUUCCGCCUCGGCCUCCCUCAUUUCCCCUCCGGAAUACUAUGGAAUAGCAGUCAGACGCUCCGGAAUGUAGAUAGAAACUCGUGGCUUUACCUGGCCGGCAUGCACUCCGUCCCCACUGUCGGCCAUACCAGGAAGGAUCAAGCAAGAUGAGCAGCAAGCGGGUGUGCCUGUGCGUCGCCGUUUCCUCGCUCCUCCUCCUCCCACUCGCGGGCCUGGUCUCCGCGGCGGCCGGGCGAUACGACUCCAUCUUCAGCUUCGGCGGCUCCUCCUCCGACACCGGCAACAACCUCAUCGUCUUUCCCCCCAGCGAGCGCGUCAACUACGUGCUGCGCCCUCCCUAUGGCACCACCUUCUUCGGCCGCCCCACCGGCCGCUGCUCCGACGGCCGCCUGGUCAUCGAUUUCAUCGCGCAACACCUGGGCCUGCCGUUCGUCCCGCCGUCGCUGGCGCACAACGAAAGCUUCCGCCAAGGCGCCAACUUCGCCGUCAGCGGCUCCACCGCUCUCGACGCCGCUUUCUUCCACCGCCUGCUUCCCCGCACCAGGAAACCUCUCAACACCAGCCUGGGCGUGCAGCUGCGGUGGUUCGAGUCUCUCAAGCCUUCGCUCUGCGGCACAACCCAAGAGUGCGAAACGUUCUUCAGCAGAUCACUCUUCGUCGUGGGGGAAUUCGGGACCAAUGAUUACGGCAUCUUCGUGCUGAACGGCGUGGCAGGGAUGACGCUGAUGCCGCUAGUUCCAGAUGUCGUCGGUGCCAUCUCCAUGGCCGUCGAGAGGCUCAUCAAGCAUGGGGCGACGAGUUUAGUGGUGCCUGGGGUGAUCCCGUUGGGAUGCGUCCCCAAGAUCCUCACCGGCGACUCUUGCCUCGAAGAGUACAACAAGCUAGCGAUGCACCACAACUUGCUGCUGCAGGAGGCCCUGGACAAGCUCCGGGUCAGGCACCCGGCACCGCCAUCGUCUAUGCCGACCGAUUCGGCCCCGUCAUGGACAUGAUGGAGUCGCCUGCCAAGUUUGGUCUUGAAGAGGACGCUCUUCUUACCCCGUGUUGUGGAGGGCCCGACACGCUUCUCUGUGGUGAAGAUGGUGGAAACCUAUGCGAGAACCCGUCGGCUCGCCUUUUCUGGGACGGCGCCCACCCCACGGAGGCAGCUUACCACUACAUGGCUCACCUCUUGCUGCGCAGCAUAGACGACACCACUGUAAGAGGGGCCAGCUAUACCAGUUUGUAAUCAAGGUGGUACUACCUCCGUUCUGGUCAAUAAAUCAGGAUGGAGGUAGUAGAAGAUAAAUCCGGAAUCAUGGAGAGCAGGCCCUGAUGGAGAGCUAUGUGGAUUGCAGAGUCUCGUAUGUCUGACUCCAUUCAAGGAAUUUCUGAUCAUGAAAAAUUAUAGUUUUAAAUAGCCGGCUAUAGCUUCGCUAUAGCCCGCUAUAGCCUUUUUAGUAGGGUGCCGCUAAAUGGUCGCCUUCACAAAUAGCCCGCUAUAGCUGAUUUGAAGGCCCGCCGCUAUUUUCCAUAGCCCUCUAUUUAAAACAUAAGAAAAAUUGGGCAAAG